GAGACUAGAAUACUGGGUAAUGCCUCAGUUUCUGUAGCUGUUCCGCUCCAAGACCAGCAGGGGUCUGGCCGCAGGGCUGCUGUUGCUGCACAGCAGCUCCCUGGGAGACUGACUGCAGAGAGGAGCCAUGGCCCAGCCAAGAUUGAUCCCGUGCCAGCUAGGGACCCCAGCUUCGCGCUGGUCGCCACGUGCCUGGACCCACGCGCACUCCCUUUUUCAGGAGACGUUUGCUACAGCCGCCCCCGCUCUGAACAGGUUAACUCAGCAGCUCACAAGCCCCGCCCCCUGAAUGUGGCUCUAUACGUGCACGGGUUCCACCAGUACCCCGCCCCGCAGGGCUGCGCACGCGGCCGCACAGACACCGGAAGGCAAGUGCUGUUGAGCAACUGGCAGUUGGGCGCGUGGGGGAGCCGGCUCCGUGCGACUCUCGCUAAAACGAAAAAUGGCCAAGAGUUUAAGGAGUAAAUGGAAGAGAAAGAUGCGAGCUGAGAAAAGGAAGAAGAAUGCGCCGAAGGAACUCAGCCGAUUAAAAAACAUUCUGAAAGCAAAUGCUGAUAUUGUAAUGGAGGAGGUUAAAGAAAUAGCAACAGUCGUCACCCCCGAGAAAGUCAAAGAUCAAGACGAAGUGAAGAUGGACACACAGAUUAAAAGAAACAAAAAGAAUCUUUUAGACCAACAUGGACAGUACCCAGUAUGGAUGAAUCCCAGACAGAGGAAGAAGCUUAAGGCAAAACGGGCUAAAGGAAAAAACAAAUCCAAGGUGGCCAAGGGAUUAGCAUGGUAGCUUCGAAGAAGUUUGAAGGAUGGGAAAGAGACUAUGUAGAAAACGGAGGCCACCUCAGGCUGGGUCCAGCUACCAAGUGUAAAUUAUCAUUAAGUCUGGAGACUCUAUUAGAUCAGAAAUUGAUGAAAGGGACAUCAAUUUUAUAUCUAGUUAACUCAUUUUCUUUUAAAUUAAGUGUUUCACCUGCCUUUGAGUCCUCUGACCAAUAUUUGUGGUUAUGCAUUUUUAAAUAUUUUUCUCACUUGUUGCUGUGUUGGUCUUGAACACAGGAACAACUGUAGAAACCAUGGAACCACCUAUGCACCGUAGGAGGUAAAAUAUUUUAACAGAAACAUGUUCUGUAAAUUGACAGUGUCCCUCUAAUUUUCCCGUAGAGCUUUUUUUUUUUUUGAGUUCUGAUAUGUUUGUUUUAAUAUUGAAGUAUUAAAUUAUGAAAACAUAUUGUGUGACUUUAUAUAGACAUUAUAAACUGAAAUUUGGUUCAAAUUGAAACAUUGAAAACCCAAGACCAAUAAAAAUGUUGCUAUUAAUUAUUUUUAAAAACUCAAAUAGAAAUGGUUAUUUUUAAACAAAGAAACCUUCUGUUUGCAACCCAAACAUUAUCCUACUGAGAAACUGAAAGUAAAAUAGACUUAAUGGAUUUUCAUUGUCCAUCUGAAAGAAUGCAAAGGCAUAAAUAAAAAUAAAAUAAAUAUAAACUAUACUUUAAACAUUUUUCUGAACAGUUGUAAUAUAGGUAAAUAAACAUGUUGGCAAUACACGUGUGAUUUUUUUUUUUUUAAAGUAGACAACUAUCUCCUUAAUUUGGUAUUCAUGUAUCCUACUUUACGGAGUAGACACAAGAUCCCAAGUAUCAUGUGAUUACAUAGCAAAUGCUAUUUAACUGCAUCCAGUUACCCGUUGCAUAUUAAUCAACAAUAGUACAUAAUGACAGAUAUGAGCAUGUUACCCUAUAUCUUUACAAGAAAGGCUCUUGUUUCAAAAAUGAAUAUAAUUAAGAUCCCACUCAUGCAAUAUGUUGCCCACUUAAGGAUCUUUUACCCACAGAUCCCCACCCAUGUAAAGUGUAUUCCAGAACUGGGACCUAAGUAUUCUGAUUGCCCAAUGGUUACAUGGCGGUAUGUGUAAUAGGUGGUAACUGCAACACAAAGGAAAUAAGAUUUAUGCUUUUUAGAAUAAAAAGAUACCAGUUUAAGGGACUAUAUUAAAAACAAACAAAUGUUGGUCAGCUUGGUGUUGUUGUUACACUGGGCCGCCCAGAGGAUUCAGGGGGCUUGGGGCAAAGCAAUUUUGGGGGUCCCAUCCAUUAAAAAAAGUUGCAAUACU